GCCAUACCCGCCGUAGCACCACCACAUCCGCCUCUGUAGCCUCUUGCGCUCUCCAACACCCUCACAAUGGCCGGCUUCGCAAACACCAUCUACAACACUGUCUUCAGGAGCAACAUCACGCUCCUGGGCACCGUUUUCGCCACUGCCUUUGGCAUGCAGCUGGCUUUCGACACAGGCUCCGAGCGCAUCUGGGACGGCAUCAACCGCGGCCGCCAGUGGAAGGACAUCAAGCAGCGGUACAUGGAGGCCGCCGAGGACGACGAGUAGCGGGACGGAGGACGGGAGCAUCGUGGAGGGCUGGAGCAUGAUGGAGGGCUGGGCCGGACGGAGGGCUGGAGUCAGAAGCCAUAGACGGAUCUUCCCUGCGCUUCUUCGAGACGGGCACUGUACAUUGGGAUGUAUUCUACAGCUUGCACAAUACGAGGGCAACGUGAUGACGACGCACCGCCCGCCGCUCUCUGCACCGCUUUCUGCACCGCUCU